AACCAGUGCCGCUGUUUUAGUUUAGUUUUUCACUUUUCAACUUGAAGACGGAUGUCUCUAUUUUGCACUCUGCACUUUAGGAUCUAUAAGGAUCUAUGGAUUGGUACCAACCUGCUGCUGCAAAAGCCCAUCUUGAGUCCCUCCAUUUUGGAUCAUCUCAUCAAUAACGACCGGAAACUUCCACCCGAGUACAAUCUCCCCCAUACUUAUGUUGAAAUGCAGUCCCUGCAAAUGGCUGCCUUUCUCUUCACCGUGUGCCAUGUGGUGAUUGUGGUUCAGGAUUGGUUCACUGACAUCAACCUCUACAGGUUCCUCCAGACUGCGGAGAUGCUGAAGCCGUCCACCCCGUCUGCCAGCCACGACAGCGCCGGUUCCUCGGGCUCUGAAGAGGGGUCUGAGUACUACCCUCAUAUCGUGUUCCUGCAGAACAAAGCCAAGCGGGAUGAUUUCUGUCCACGGAACCUGAAGAAGAUGCACAUGACCAUGGACAAGCUGAUGGCCCACUCUCACCUUAAAUACAAAGGCACACUGUCCAUGCUGGACUGUAACAUCUUCCCUGGCCUGGGGCGGGACUACCUGGAGACGGAGGUCAACCUGUUCCUGCUGCCACAGCUUGAGAACGAGGGGGAGGACGCUUUGACCAGGGGAGGGCCUGGCUCCACCCCCCUGUUUUCCCUGCUCCCUGGUUACCGGGGACACCCCAGCUUCUCCUCGCUGGCUACCAAGCUGCGCAGCCAGGUCCUGGCCAUGUCUCGCUGCCAGCUCUCCCACACCAUCCUCACUGAGAAGAACUGGUUCCACUACGCUGCUCGGAUCUGGGACGGGGUGAAGAAGUCCUCGGCGCUCUCCGAGUACAGCCGGCUGCUUUCCUAGCGUCCACACAAGCCUCUGCGAUGGCUGCGCCUUACAGUGGAUCGCCGUGGAAACGGGACACCCUGAGCUGCUGGAGGGGACCAGAGACACGUUCGGCUCCGGGGGCAAUGGAGCAAUCCACGUUCCUGAAAUAACCACGGUUUCACCAGAUACAAGCUCUCCUGGAUCUGCUGAAGACCAGAUGUGACGACGUGCCAUGUUCUCACCUGGAGCAUUUUGUGGGACUGCUCCUGUAGCACGUGCCUCAUUUCGGAAGAGGGAACCAGAUGUAGGCUUGUUUCCCACAAACCAUAGUCACUCAUGUUUUUAGAAAGCGAGCAUUGACAGAAGUGAAACAUCCAAUUUAACAACAAAAAGGUCAAACUCAACAUAGUGCCAUCAGUUCAUAAUGAAUGAAAACAUACACUGUGUUUGUGAACAUGAUUUAUUCUGGGAAAAAAUAUAUAUAGACCUGCACAUAUACAGCAUUAAAACAUGUAUGUACAGAUUACAUUGGCUACAGAUUGGUGGACUUCAUUGUGCCUUACAUGUGACAUAAAUUAGUUUAAUUUUAAAUAUAAAAUACCCACUCCAACCGUAUAUGUGCUAUACCAGUCCCAAACAGAACAGAGCAUGGAUUGUUUCCCUGAAAUGUGGAUGAUUUUCCUUCUAUAAAAUAAGUCAAACCAGCUAUGUAUUUGUCCAUGGUGUGAAUACAUUUUCUGUAUAGACCCGUUGACACAUCCACAUAAAAACUGAAAAAAGUACUAUAUAUUCCUAAAGAAUACACAAAGUUUAAUUCCCAUGAAAACGUCCUCAUUAACUUGUAAUGUUUGGUUCUUUCUAAAUAAAAAAUAAAGCAAGAUAUAAGAAGUGGUAUAGUCAAACGCUCAGUGAUUGCCUGGGUACAUUUUGAUGUCAAAGGGGAAUGCCAUUGUAAGAGUAAUUUUCUGAUUGACAGUAUAUGUGUGUUAACAUAGAGACAAUCACGUGAUUAAAUAUAUCCUUUAUUA